CCAAACCUACAACUCCACAUCCAACACUCAUUCUCUCACACAAACGACAUCAACAGCAACGACCUCGACAUUGAAUACCCCAGCAUCACACCCUAUCCCCUCGCCCCCCUCCCUCCCCCAUGACAUUACAGCGUCAUGCGUGUAGAGAACCUCGAUGAUGGGUUAAGACUCGAAUCGGCGUGGAACGAAGCCUUGAAUUCAUCAGUGGCCUACUUCCGCGCUCUCCUCUCCUCGUCGGGAUCAUCAGCAUGGAAGCCCGUGUCGGUUCCCCCACAAGGCAGUGCCGGCCCCGUGCGGGAUCCAACAAAGGCUCGGCCAACAGCACUAGGACGUAUUACCGCCAGCGAUGUCGUCGUCCACCGCCGUAACGGCAAGAGCGGCGAAGUGUUCCGGGCUGUUGUGGACGUCGAUUGCGGAACAGAUGUCAACAUCGAUACAUUUAGAGUGUGUCUCGCGACCCCAGAGACAAGGCCACAAUGGGAUCGCAUGGUCGAAGAGGCCCAGCUGGUCGAUCUCAUCGACACCCAGACCCGAGUAACAAAAACCAGCUACAAGCUUGGCUGGCCCUCGAGCCCUCGCGACGCCGUCACUAUCUCCAAGACACUGGUGGACCAGAACACCCUCAUUGACGUCUCGACAUCAGUACCCCGAUCACGACAUGAGCCCCCUUAUCUGCGACCUGCACCCCCAUACGUGCGCGCCGACGUUUCGCUUCUCGCAUGGUGUAUCCAGCUUCCUUCGUCCCGAUCACGCUCCGCGGAACCACCUAUUCCAGAAGGCAAAGUACGCAUCCAGUGCUUCUGGUGUUGGAACCCGAAGGGCACGUGGGCGGUUGGUGGAGCUGUUCCCCAGCACCUACCAUCUGUGAUUGUCGGUCUUGUCGACUUUGUGCGUGAAGGGAGCGAAAAGGUGCCGGUUCUCCUCAACUACGGCGAGGACGUAACCAUCGGCAGUAUCAGCUACGACCCAGCACGGGUAAUGUUGUCCGCAGGGUACGCCGUGGUCAACAGCGAGGAGGGCGGCAGCGAUGGAACUAGGCGACAAAUUGAGUUUGGGUUAUCAUCAACGCAGGGCUGGGAUGUGCAGAUUCAGGUCAAGACCCAGAGUGGGGACGAUUCGACCUCGUCAGCAUUCUCGUCCUUCGUCGGCCAGUCGCCAGCGACUCUUCCUGGAGCAGCGGCGCCUAAACGCCUGGUGUUUAGAUUGGUACACGCUGAGCUGCAGCCUCAAGAGGAGCUUGUUCGCGUGAAGGUGACAAUUGAGAGAACGGCCUUACCAUCUUCUGGUGCAGGUGUUCGCAUCAACGGUGUCCCCGCCACCAUCCAGCGCAUGGAGUCGGUUUCGCCACUGCGCAACUUACUGGACGGAUCUCCGGGUGCGAGCGCCAUGUCCUUGCCAACAGUGGACACGUCAGACCUGGCCUCACGAGAUGGCUCCGUGGUCGGAUCCGACGACGACCGGAGAAUACGGAAUGGCCGGCCACUAGCUGCACAGAAGAGUGUGGCUAGCUUGAUCAAGCGCAACUACAUCUACUUUACGUCACUUCUGCAGGAGCCUGAGCCCAAGUGGAGGCCCGUUGCAGAAUCCAAGGGCGUCGGAGUGCACCAGCUCAACUCGAUCGACAAGACGCUGGUCGUUUUCAGAGCAGAGGCGGUAUUCGUUGGUGUUGGCGUCUGGGACCUGUUUGCGACAAUCAUCACCCCUGGUACGCGACUCGAGUGGGACAAGUCGUACGAGGACGCAACGUUGCUGGAGGACGUCAACGAGUUGACGGAUGUGUGGCACUUCAAGUCGAAGCCCUCAUGGCCUGUAGCCGCGCGUGACUCUGUUCUCGUCCGCACCACAUACAAGUCUCCCUCCUCGGUUCACAUCUUCGGUUUCUCGACCGAAAACACCGAGCUCUUCCCUGUUAUCCCUCCCUGCAUUGACCCGAACGUCAUCCGCACGCAGAUUGAUCUUCAAGGAUGGUCGAUCGAAGCACUCUCUCCCAAUACAACGCAGGUCACGCUCCUCGAGCAGAGCCAUCCCGGUGGAUGGUCCAACAAGUCGUCCAUUCCUCAAGUGAUGAUGUCGACAUUGUCGGGCUUGGGCGAGUUUGCGAUCAAGCACGGCGCCCCUCCAGUGGCAACGCGGCUCGGUGGUGCCAAGGCAAUCUCAUCGCGGUGGGAUGGGGAAAAGGAAACCUUCCGCUACCAGUAUGAAGCUGCCGAGGCCCGCAGAUCACGCUCAUCCGGCACGGAGACUUCGUUCAUGGUUACUCCAGUCGUCACCCAGGAGCCCGACUCUGAUGGAGGCAGCGACAAGUCCACACCUGAACUUGGUAAAGGCAGCAUCGAGUGCGAACUUCGCUGCGACCCAGACAAGUGGUCAAACACAAUUAUUGCGCUCGUCGACCCCCCACCCAAGAGGGUCUCUGCACUCAAGCGCCACAGACUCUCGCCCAACGGCGGAGGACUGUGGCUCAGCAUAGAGCACGAUCUCACUUCCCUCGGAUCUGGUGUCGUCACUGUGACCGUCCGCAAAGGCUCUGCCUCCACUUCUGGAAAAACCGCUCUCACUGUCAACGGAUCCAAGGUCAAGAUUGACAACCAAGACCUUUCCGAGAACGACGUCCAGCAGCUCAAGAAGAAGAAACGCUCGAGGCCAUCACGGGUGGCGCUGGAUCAGCCGCCAGUCCUUGGUGUGUUGAGAAAGCGCCAGAGCAACAUGUCGCUGCAAAGCACGGCACAGAAGAGCGAGCAAACGUCUUCAUUGCCCGCGUCACCCUCCACCUCUGCGUUUGGACGUUUCUACUCCCCUCUGGCUCGGCUUGUGACAGUCGCCUCAGAGUCGACGCGUGCUGCUGUGGUCCCCAUGCCGUCACCCACGCCUUCACCAGCAACUGGGAGCACGGCCGUUGACGCUGCCGUCCGUGCUCUUGGACAGCUCUCACGCAUCCAUGCCGACCGUGAUGGCGAAUCAACGGAUCCCUUCGGAUGGCAGCCUGUUGCGGAUCGUGACGGACUCAAGAUUGAGAGGCGUAUUGUCGGUCACGUCUCGGACAGCGUUCCAGUAUACCGCGCUGGUCGCAUCAUCGAGGGCUUCACUGCGGAAGAGAUCUCUGGCACUGUUUCGGCUUUCAGGAAGGACGAGUACUUUGAGAAACCUGUUCGCCUGCAGAGCUACGGCUACGGCAUCACCACAUCGCACAUCCAGGCCCACGCCGCGUUCCCAUUCCGCGACAGGAGCAUUGUUGUGGCGACAGUUGUUGCUCGUGUGCCCGACACGCCACCUCCAUCACCAUCCGUGGCCUCUCACACGCCGCUCACCACAAUCUUCCACGCGUCGUCGUCGAGCUUUGAUCACGCAACUCUUGGCCUCGAUGCGGCCAAGUACAACCCUUCAGUGAUGCCUUCUGCCAACAUUAUCCUGGAGGGCUGGAUCCUCGAGACCAUCGACCCGUACUCGCAUGAGCAGUACGCCAUCCCAUCGACGCGGUGCAUGUAUGUUGGCGCCAUCGACUAUGGCGGCAACAUUCCCGUGUCGAUGAACAACAUGCUCAACGCUGGGCUACCUCGCACCCUUCUCAACAUUGAGCAGCUUCUCAAGACCCAGGGCCCUCCUUCGCGGGUACACUCGCCACCAAUGUCUGUUCUUGUCCCGGACGCUGCUGCUCAGGGCCCAUGGGCAUUGUCCUCCACCGAGGCGUACAAGCUGCCGAUUGACCAGGUCAACGACGGGGACGACUACGUUGUGACCGUCACCGUCCAGCCGCCUUCGACGUCCAGUUCGCGUGAUGCCGAGACUCUGCGCCCGCCAUUAAAUCAUAGCGACAGCAAAGCAUCGCUCACGUCGUCUCGGUCAACAGUCAUCGAUCUUGCCGAGGACAUUCGGCGGGGCAAGCGAGACUUGAUCGUUGCUGAUAUCGACGUCGGUACAGAGAUCAUCAAAGGCGGCUGCGAGAUUGCCAUUCGGGCUGUGUCGCUUCCCGAGGCGUAUCAUGGAUCUGGAAGCUCGUCGUCUGAUCUUCCCCUGGAGUUUUCAGGUGACAGACUCGGAUUACCGUUCAAGUGUAGCGCGGUAUCUCUGGCACCGUCGCUUCUGCAGUCAGCCUCACUCGACCCCAGCACGCAGACUCGCCACCUUCUCCGAGUCACACUUCCCACUUCUGGAUACGAGGCCCCGGUGAACGACCCCUUGACCGGCAAGACGGCGGCUCUACCUCGUCCUCGCUGGCUGCUGGACCUUAUUAGCGAUGGUGCUGUUGUCCAGAUCCGGCUGGUUGCCCGCAAGAUCGAACCCGCCGCCUACAUGUUUGAGGGCACCGAGGUCCCAGUGGAAGACGAGCGCAAGCUGCCUUCGAGCAAGUUUGCUCGGGACUCUGCCAAGGUUAAGUUGCCGCAGCUUGUGAACCGCUCGACUGCCAACUCUGAGUCUCUUGGCAAGCCCCUCGCCGUCGCCAGGGAGUACCUCCCCGAACCGCCUGCUACCCCUGUCGAAGACCCCAAGGCCGACUCGGACGCCAACUCGACCGUCACAACGACGCCGACGAACGAGCCUGUCAAGCUUCCGCCAGAGAGUUCGGCGGAGAGCUCGGAAGAGUCCAAGCCUCCCCCCACACCAGCACCCAUCGGGCGAUACAAUUUCUGGAAGUACGCACCGCUGAAUCGGUUCAGCGCAAGCGCGCCAGCUUCCCACGAGAACUCGCCCAUCAAGCCCCUCACCAACCUCCCAUCUAUCACGCCAAAGGCGUCACCUCCGUCUCGCAAACUGACCCUCAUCCAGGAGGGCAAGGUUGCGUCGACGACGACUGCGCCCACCGAGGCACCGCGCGUGCCGUUCCUCGUUCGCACAGCCGUCCCCCUCCCUGCUGUCAUCAUUGCCUGCCUCGUCUGCCUGCUUCUUGGGUCCCUCCUGCGCUCGCUCCUCAGCGAGGCCGACUUUGUCAUCUACGCCCCACCCGGCGCGGCGCCGGCCGAGGGCGAGGCAUGGCGCGAGCUCAAGCGCCUCGCCGAGUGGCGCAUCAGCUUGGACAAGGAGCUCAUUAUCGCCAUUGCACACCGCGGGCAGACUAUUGUCGUUGACGCUGGCGCCAGUGCGCCCCAGUAG